AUGGGGGUGCCACCGGCUCGCAAAGGCCGCAUGGCAGGGCCGGCCGCUGAGCAGACCAAUGGUCAUGCCACCCCUACCGCUGUUGCCCGGCGCCUCGCCCUGGAGGCUGGCCCGUCCGUGGCCGCGGCAGCGGUCAUGCUCGCCCUCAUAUUUGGCGGUUGCUGCUCAAAUGUUUAUGCGCUCGAAGCCAUCAUCAACUUUGAGCAGUCGAGCGGCACGCUCCUCACUUUCGUUCAGUUCGCCUUCGUGGCGGUCACGGGUUACAUUGCCCAGUUCGACAAGACCCGGCCGCCGUUCUUUAUCGCGCCCGCAAAGGUGCCGCUUAGACGCUGGCUUGUCAACAUCGUGCUCUUUUUCAGCAUAAACGUGCUCAACAACCACGCCUUCAGCUACGACAUUUCGGUUCCUGUCCACAUCAUCCUGCGGUCUGGCGGCAGCAUCACUACUAUGAUGGCGGGGUAUCUUUAUGGAAAACGCUACUCGCGCACACAGGCGCUAGCCGUGGUCCUCCUCAGCUUCGGGGUGGUCUUGGCCGCCUGGUCGGACGCAAAGGAAAAGGUCGGUCGCGUUCCGGCUCGCAAGGUGAAGUCCGCAGCGGCUAACAUUGGCCCCUGGGCACAACUGCAGUCCACCGGGGCAACGGAUGAGCCGUCAUCACGGCCACCAUUCAACCAAGGGUUGUUGAUUCUCUUCGUGGCCCAGCUCCUAUCGGCCAUUAUGGGACUGUACACCGAGGCCACAUACCAGCGAUACGGGCCACAAUGGCGGGAGAAUCUGUUUUACUCGCACGUUCUAUCGCUGCCCCUGUUUCUGCCCUUUGCACGAUCGAUGGCACGCACACUGGGACGCAUGGCCAAGAGCAGGCCGCUGCCGGUGCCGCUCCCGCUGGUCGGCCAGGUGCCCAGCCAGCUGGUUUACCUGGCUACCAACGUCCUGACACAGUACGCGUGCAUUCGGGGCGUCAACUUGCUCGCUGCGGCGUCGUCGGCACUUACGGUGACUAUCGUGCUCAACAUUCGCAAGCUAGUCAGCCUACUGCUCAGCAUAUGGCUGUUUGGGAACUCGCUGGCCCAGGGGACUUUGCUUGGCGCCGCGGUGGUGUUUGGUUCAGGGGCGCUCUACACGGUGGGCUCGCGGCCGCGGAAGCCGGCAGACAAGGCGGGCGACGGCGUCGACUUAAAGGCCAAGAAGGCAGUGUAG